GUAAUCGCGUUAGCGUUUAGUGCGACUGUACGCUUUCGGCCACCGUACCGUAAGCACGUGUGAAGCUGUUCUGCUCUGUUCCUAGUUUGCAAGUUACUGCUUAAAUACACACUGCCGCGGCGUCGUUCCUUGGCGAGGAUCCGUUACCAUGAGUGACAGCGACGACGAUGUGCCCGAGCUCUCCGCCGCGACUCUCGCAGCUCUGCAGGAGUUUUACGCCGAAAGUGGAAGAACAGGACUGGAACACAACUCCGUCAAGACCGAGAAGUUCUCCGUUGGUGCUGUAGAGGAAGACUGGCGCAUGAGUCAGUUCUGGUACACUGAAGACACGGCGGUACGGUUAGCAGAGGAAGUCCUGCAGCAGGCUGGAGAACAUGGGAGGAUAGCUUGUAUAAGUGCGCCCAGUGUCUAUCAAAAGCUGAAGCAGUUAGAAUCCACAAGGUCAGACAAUGUGUCUGCUGUUUUGCUGGAGUUUGACCGACGUUUCGCAGCGUAUGAAGAGGAGUUUGUCUUUUAUGAUUACAACAACCCCUGCCUGCCUGAGGACCUGCUUCCUCAGAGUUUUGAUAUCGUCAUCGCAGACCCUCCAUAUCUGUCUGAAGAGUGUCUCAGCAAGGUGACCCUCACCAUUAAGUACCUCUCUAAGGGCAAAAUCCUGCUCUGCACAGGAGCUAUUAUGGAGGAGCUUACUGGGAAGCUAAUGGAUUUGAAGAUGUGCAGUUUUUUACCAAAACACAAUCACAAUCUGGCCAAUGAGUUCCGCUGCUACGUUAACUACGAAUCAAGCCUUCUCUCGUGAAAAAGACUUUCAAUCUGACAACAUUUGAAAAUAGUUUUUCCUAUUAAACAGCAGCAGAUGAUUAUUUGGAACAAUAAAUACUCUCACUCCAAGAGGUGCAUAGCAGGAUCCAGAUAUUACAGCGGAGGAUUUGGCCCUUCAUCAGAGAUCUGCGAUCAGUCUUUGAUUAUACUUUGGCUGACUUGCAUUGUCAUUUGCACACCCAGCUUUCCGGCAUAAAAUUGAAGCAAACAAUCUAAGACAGUUUUACUUUGUGUCAAUGCAUAAAAUGGGCUUGACGUGAAUGUUUGAAGAAGUACAUUUGUACAUACUA